AUGGUGCGCGGGAAGCUGGAGGUGCUGCUCGUCUCCGCCAAGGGCCUCGACGACUCCGAUUUCUUCAAUAGCAUGGACCCGUACGUGAUCCUCACCUGCCGCAGCCACGAGCAGAAGAGCACCGUCGCAUCAGGAGCAGGGAGCGAGCCUGAGUGGAACGAGACCUUCGUCUUCGCCGUCUCCGGCGACGCUCCGGAGCUCAGGGUCAAGAUCAUGGACAGCGACGCCCUCUCGGCCGACGACCUCGUCGGAGAAGCAUGUAUCCCGCUGGAGGCUGUGCUCCAGGAGGGCAGCCUGCCGCCGGCCGUGCACCGGGUCGUCAAGGACGAGGAGUACCGCGGGGAGAUCAAGAUCGCGCUCACCUUCACCCCGGCAGAGGAAAACGAGGAGGAGGAGGAGAGCUACGGCGGCUGGAAUCAGUCCACCUGA